AUGCAUGGUUUCAGACAGAUAUUUAACAAGAGAUGUACUUAUCACGUUCAAAUUGGUGUUGUGCUUCCACACGACAGACCAUGUCCUGCUCGCGACACUCGUCAAUCGUUGGAACUCGGCGAAAUUUUUGAUGAUACCAUGGAUAACUCUUCUGAUUCGGCACGACAAUAUUCUCUUCGCACAGGAAAUUCAGUGCACCACGCCAUGGGUCCAUGGGAUUCUAUCCCAAAAAGAGAUCUCAGCGACAUCGUGGUAAAGUCAAGGCCUUUCCCAAGGAUGAUCCGACCAAACCUAUACAUUUAACGGCUUUUAUUGGCUACAAAGCUGGCAUGACACACGUAGUUAGGGAAGCGGAUCGUCCAGGAUCAAAGGUAAAUAAGAAGGAAAUCGUGGAAGCAGUUACCAUUUUGGAAACACCGCCUAUGAUCGUUGUCGGUGUAGUUGGGUAUAUUGAAACUCCACAUGGUCUGCGCGCUUUGACUACGGUAUGGGCCGAACACUUGUCAGAAGAUUGUCGCAGAAGAUUCUAUAAGAACUGGUAUAAGAGCAAGAAGAAAGCAUUUACUAAGGCUUCCAAAAAAUGGCAAGACGAUCUUGGUCGUAAGUCCAUUGAAAGUGAUUUCAAAAAGAUCACCAAGUACUGCAAAGUUGUACGAAUUAUUGCUCAUACGCAGAUGAAACUAUUGAGGCAACGUCAAAAGAAAGCCCAUAUAAUGGAAAUUCAAUUAAAUGGUGGAACCAUUGAAGAGAAAGUUCAGUGGGCUCGUGAACGCUUGGAAAAGCCAGUCCCUGUUAGUAAUGUUUUUGCUCCGGAUGAAAUGAUAGACGUGAUUGGUGUCACAAAAGGGAAAGGAUACAAAGGUGUUACGUCACGUUGGCACACGAAGAAACUACCACGUAAGACGCACAAAGGUUUAAGAAAAGUUGCUUGCAUUGGAGCAUGGCAUCCCAGUCGUGUAUCUUUCACUGUUGCUCGUGCUGGUCAAAAGGGUUAUCAUCAUCGUACAGAAAUGAACAAAAAGAUCUAUAGAAUUGGACAAGGAAUUCACACUAAGGAUGGCAAGAUUGUGAAGAACAAUGCUUCUACGGAGUACGAUCUUACUGAAAAAACUAUCACUCCUAUGGGAGGUUUCCCUCAUUAUGGUGAAGUGAACAACGACUUCAUUAUGAUCAAAGGUUGCUGUAUGGGGCCAAAGAAACGUGUGAUCACAUUGCGCAAAUCCUUAUUGGUACACACUAAACGCUCGGCAUUGGAGAAGAUCAAUCUUAAAUUCAUCGAUACUAGUUCCAAAUUUGGACAUGGUCGAUUCCAAACUGCCGCUGAUAAGGCUUCGUUCAUGGGUCAGCUUAAAAAGGACCGUGUACGUGAGGAACAGGCUCAAGCCACUACCUCUGCACCAUCGGCUACAAAUGCUUAAUAAACAUACUCAAAUCAGUGUACAAUGGAAAAUAAAAAAAAAAAUCUUACGAAAA